GUCAUAUAAUUUCCCCUCCUCCUCCAUAUGUAACCAUCAUUCGUUUCAUUAUCAGAAGAAUUUAUCGGUUUUUAUUGAACAUCUUCUGCUGCGUGUAAACAGAUAUAAUAUUUAAAUACAGUGAACCAUCAAUUAUUUUAAUGUAGUUUAUAGCAUAGUUAGUUGUAGAAAAUCCGCAAGUUCAAAGUUGAUACAAUGUUGUACUUUGUAAAAUUGUUUUUUGUUAUGUGCCUAGUGCAAAUGCACUUUGUAACAUCGUUAGAGACCACCACAAGAAAUAAUAAUAAUGUAUCUUGCAACCUGCCAUCCAAGUUGUUAGAAGAAAUUCAAUCAUAUGCACCAUUAGUGCAAACUAUAAUAAACGAAACAUUGGCAGGUUCUUUUAAAGGAGUCACAUGGUAUGAACUGGCUAAUUUUGUAGAUACAUUUGGUCCAAGAUUUACUGGCACAAAAACACUCGAAAAAGCAAUUGAUUAUGUAUUAAAUAAGUCAUUGGAAUUUGGUUUAGAAAACGUACAUGGAGAACCUGUCAGUGUACCCCACUGGAUUAGAGGACAAGAAUCUGCAACACUUUUAUCACCAAGGAAUAAAAAAAUAGCUCUUUUGGGAUUAGGUUACAGUGUUGGUACUCCACCUGAAGGGAUAACUGCUGAAGCUAUUGUUGUAAAUAGUUUCAAAGAACUUGAAAAGAGGAAACAUGAAGUACCAGGAAAAAUUGUUGUAUAUAAUGAGCGAUACGUUUCAUAUGAUGAAACAGUAAAAUAUAGAAGUAGUGGAGCAUCAGAAGCAGCUAAAUAUGGUGCGGUUGCUGCAUUAAUUAGAUCAGUUACACCAUACUCUUUAUACACACCUCAUACAGGUAUGCAGAGGUAUGCAGAGAAUGUGACUAAAAUUCCAACUGCAUGUAUUACACAAGAAGAUUCAGUCCUUUUAAGAAGGAUGUCAAUAAGAGGAAAAACCAUAAAAAUUAAUUUAAAGAUGGAAGCUAAAACUUUACCAGAUGAGUUGUCAAGGAACAUAAUAGCUGAAAUAGUUGGUUCUACUCUGCCAGAAAAAGUAGUCGUUGUAUCUGGUCAUGUAGAUAGUUGGGAUGUUGGUCAGGGGGCAAUGGAUGAUGGAGGUGGUGCAUUUAUAUCAUGGCACGCUUUAAAAUUGUUGAAACAACUUAACUUUCGUCCUCGUCGAACAGUGAGACUGAUUAUGUGGACAGCCGAAGAGAUGGGUCUGAUAGGAUCCAGUCAAUAUAUUAAAUCUCAUAAAGCAAAAGAGAAUAAUCUCCAGUUUGUUAUGGAAUCAGAUAUGGGUACAUUUAUGCCUUUAGGUCUAGAGUUUACUGGAACAGAUGAAGUCAAAUGUAUAUUAGAAGAAAUUAUGGGAUUAUUACUUCCAAUGGGAAAAAUGAAAUUGCGUAGUCCUCAGGGUGGUCCUGAUAUUACUAGUUGGGUAGAUGCAGGUAUACCUGGAGGGUCACUGUGGACACAGAAUGACAAAUAUUUUUAUUACCAUCAUUCAAAUGCAGAUACAAUGUUGGUUGAGAACCCAGAUGCACUUGACAGGGGAACAGCUUUGUUCGCCGCGGUGUCGUUUGUUCUUGCUGAUCUUAGUAUCGAUCUACCGAGACACAAAUAAUGGUCGAUAAUUAUCGUAAUAAUUGUCGUAAUUGAUAUGGCUCUCUUCAUUAAAUAUUCAGUACAAAUUGUUAAUUCUAAAAUUUUUAAUAGUACAUGCUAAUUAUUUUAAUAAUGGAAAUAUUAAUUAACAUCGAAAUAUACUCUAGUAUACUUUACACACUCCAACCGUAGGUAUCAGACUGACCUCUUGGUCGUUUCUGCUCAAUUUAUAUCAAACAUAGGUAGUAUAUUAUGACUUAGAUUCCUCCUUGUAUAUUUUACUUUAUAAUUAAGAUUGUUAUUUAAUUAUAUUGCUGAUGCUCUUCCAAUGAAAACAAUGCUAAACAUGUUAGUAAACUGCGGAUUUUUAUGCAAAAUAAAAAUUGUCUACAAUGAGUGCAUGA